GUUCCAUAGGCCAGCUCUUGAUUUCUUCAACAUAAGAAGUAAUCUUGUACUUUGAAUCCAGAGCAUUGUCUUUCUAUACCUUCUGAUACCCAAUUGACGUUACAUAAUACCAAUUUUCAUCAUGUUUGCAAGACAAACCCUCAGAGCGGCUCAGCCAUUGAGAAGCCAAUACCGUCGAUAUGCUACCGAAUCCUCCAGUGGCGGUGGAUCGAAUGCUGCCUUGUACGCCGGUCUCGCAGCUGCAGCAGGCGCUGGAGCAUACUACUUCUUGAACCAGGGAGAUAAUGCCGCAAAGGUCAAGGAUGCAGCAAAGGACGCAGAAGCUAAGGCAAAGGAGGCUGUUGGACAGGGUAAAGCUAAGGUCGAAGGAGCUGUUGGGAAAGCUGCUUUCACUGGUGGUGACCAAGGCUUCAUCAGUCUUAAGCUCGACAGCGUGGAGAAUAUCAACCACAACACCAAGAAAUUCAGAUUCGAGCUUCCUGAGAGUGACCAAGUCAGCGGCUUACAAGUCGCUUCUGCUCUUCUUACUAAGUAUAAGGGCCCAGAGAUGCAAAAGCCUGCGAUCCGUCCUUAUACCCCCACUAGUGACGAAAGUGAACAGGGAUUCAUCGAUCUUCUUGUAAAGAAGUACCCCAAUGGUGUCAUGUCCGAACACAUGCACGCCAUGGUUCCCGGACAAAGAUUGGACUUCAAGGGACCUAUCCCAAAAUACCCAUGGUCAGCAAACAAGCAUGACCACAUUGCUCUCAUUGCUGGAGGAACUGGAAUCACUCCAAUGUACCAACUCGCACGAGCCAUCUUCAACAACCCCGCCGAUAAGACAAAGGUUACAUUGGUAUUCGCAAACGUCACCGAAGAAGAUAUCUUAUUGAAGCGCGAAUUUGAAGAUCUUGAGAACACAUACCCACAACGAUUCAGAGCUUUCUACGUCUUGGAUAACCCGCCCAAGUCAUGGUCUGGCGGAAAAGGUUUCAUCGACAAGGAGCUCUUGAAGACUGUUCUUCCAGAACCUAAGACUGAGAAUGUUAAGGUCUUUGUCUGUGGUCCACCAGGAAUGUACAAGGCUAUCUCUGGUCCAAAGGUUUCUCCUUCGGAUCAGGGUGAGUUGGCUGGUGUCUUGAAGGAGUUGGGGUACUCGAAAGAACAAGUUUAUAAGUUUUAGAGGACUGCUAUCAUAAUUUAGACCUGUAAGAUAGAGAUACUUAUAGAUAGACAGACCGGAAUGAAAAACCACAUAUACCCGCAGCAA